AGCAGCGGCGGGACGAUGGCGGCAGAGGAGACGGCGGCGGCGGAGCUGCAGCCGGACCGGGAGGGCGACGGCGAGCUGGAGGGCGGUUUCGGGCAGCUGCUGGAAGAGGAGGAGGAGGCGGAGGAGGAGGGGGAGGACCGCUGCUACGUGCUGUACAGGGACAGGAAGGAAUGGGCAGAUAUUGAACCUGUCCCUCAAAAUGAUGGGCCAAAUCCUGUUGUUCAGAUCAUCUACAGUGAAAAAUUUCGAGAUGUCUACGAUUACUUCCGGGCUGUUCUGCAGCGGGAUGAGAGAAGCGAAAGAGCUUUCAAGCUAACAGCAGAUGCCAUUGAGUUAAAUGCUGCAAACUACACAGUAUGGCAUUUCCGGAGAGUCCUCCUGCAGUCUUUGGGAAAGGAUCUCCAUGAGGAACUGAAGUAUAUUACAGCUAUCAUUGAAGAUCAGCCAAAGAACUACCAAGUGUGGCAUCACAGACGGGUGUUGGUGGAGUGGCUGCAGGAUCCAUCCCAAGAGCUUGAGUUCAUAGCUGACAUUCUUAACCAAGAUGCCAAAAAUUACCACGCAUGGCAACACAGACAGUGGGUUAUUCAGGAGUUCAAAUUAUGGGACAAUGAACUGGAAUACGUAGACCAGCUUUUGCGGGAAGAUGUGAGAAACAACUCUGUUUGGAACCAACGACACUUUGUAAUUUUCAACACUACCGGCUAUGAUGAUCCAGCAGUCCUAGACAGAGAAGUCCAGUACACUCUUGAGAUGAUCACAGCAGUGCCACAUAAUGAGAGCGCUUGGAACUAUUUAAAAGGGAUUCUACAGGAUCAUGGUCUUUCUAAGUAUCCAAAUCUGUUAGAGCAACUGUUGAAUUUGCAGCCCAGCCACAGUUCACCCUAUCUGAUUGCCUUUCUUGUGGACAUAUAUGAAGAUAUGCUUGAAAACCAGUGUGAUAACAAGGAAGAAACACUAAACAAGGCAUUGGAGUUGUGUGAAAUUCUGGCUAAAGAAAAAGACACCAUCCGAAAGGAAUACUGGAGAUAUAUCGGAAGGUCCCUUAAGAACAAGCACAGCUCGGGCACUGAACAGAGCACACUGGCAGACAAGCAGCAGUAACUGAACAUGGAGGAAAACAAUGUUAAGCUCUAAAGCAGUACUAAGUAGGGUCAUCAAGUAGUUUAAAAUCCAGUGUAGUAUUCCCCUGUUGAAGAGGUAUUGCAAUGGAAGAAGAGUGCAGAGUGCUGUAUAGUCUCAGGUCACUGCUGCUAUUGGUGAUAGCUCUAGGUGCAGUCAAGAAAUGUAUUAAUGUCUAAUUAUGAAAUGUACCAAAUAAAGGGUUUAUUUCCUAAUAAUAAAUACAUACAGACAUACCUACUAUUUAUAAAGCACUAAAUCAACUUCUCAUGCCUCAGCUUAUCCACUUGUGGUUCCUAACAGAGUCACAUAAAAUACUGCAGUAAUGACUGCAGGUAACUUAGCUGUAGUAGAUAGAAAGUAACCUACUUGUGGUUAGUGCAAGCCCGUGCUGCAGUUGUCUUAUGUGGGAGCAGCUACACAACACUGACACCACGUGCUAUUGUAUGCAGCUAACACCAAGUGUCAUUUUGUAAUAAAAUCAGAUCACUUAAAGCAUU